AUGUACCGAUUAAUUAAGCUUCUGGGACUGUUAGUUCUCCUAUCGACGUACAAGAGCCUUCCUGGUGCUUACUUCGUGAGAUUCUAUGCCUACGUCUUGAGGAACUUGGGCCUUCCAAUGCUCCUGGGGAAGAAAACAGAGACAAUUGCUCAACUACAAAGCCAGCAGCUUGGGUGUUUCUCAUAUACGAGCCUAAAAACCUACGCCUCGCUCUUCGAAUGCGAUUUCUACCUCCAUAAAAGCAACAGCACAUAUUUUGAAGAGCUGGAUAUUUCGAGAACCGACCUCAUGACGAAGAUAUUCCAGAGUCUGUUUUUGAAUUCGAAAAGAAUGCCGUACGUCCCUGUAGCCAAUGUCUUUACCAACUUUUUGAAGGAAAUAAAGCCGUUCCAGCCAUACGAGGUCCGUAGCUGUAUUUUCUGCUGGGACGAGAAGUGGAUCUACAUUCUGAGUCGCUUUUACAUCAAGCAGGGCACGCAACUGGCGUCUCUGUCAAUUACAAAGUACGUGUUGAAAGAUGGAAGAAAAACAAUAAAACCAGCGGAUGCCUUGCAAUUCUGUGGGCUGUAUAAUGAAGAGGCUGAGUCAAUCUCUGAGCGAAAUAUGAAGCUCCUGUCGCAGCAAUGUGGCUUCCAUGAGACAAAGCCUCUCGAGGAAAUAUCUCACCAGUACAACAAGAUAUAG